AACAGGACACCAUGCCUGCACGUCGGCGGCAACUCCAUUUCCGGGUAUGUCGACUUCACUGCCGCCGAGUUUUCCACAUCUUCCAUUCUUCAAUCCCGCGCGCGGACGUUCCUCCGCCGAGAACUGCAAGUCUUCACUUUCCUCGAUCACAACCCCCGAGCUGGCAGUAGGGACUAUUUGAUGGAAUACAUCGUGGCGAUAUUGCGGUCGAAUGAAGUCAAAGGUAGCGACGGCAAGGCGGAGGAAUUGGCCGGCGAGUUCUUGGGAAGGGAGAACGCGAGGUUGUUAUUGCAUGAGUUGGAGGCUUGGCUGAGGAGUCCGUGUCUUCGACUGAGGGAGUGGGAUGGUGUGGUGCAGUAUCGGGAUGAAGGGCAAGGGAGGUCGAAGGACCAUGGCUGAGACGUGGCCGGCUUUCGAUAUUCUGUCUUGCACCGGCUCAAGUCCAUGGUAUCGGACGGCCUCGUCCUUCAUUCUC